AACAAAAUCAAUAACAAGAAAAUGUCUAUCUUCCUUUGUUUCCUCUUACUCUUGCCUCUCUCUUUAAUCCUUUUUAAAAAGCUUUUACCAUCGAAAGGAAAGCUUCCUCCGGGACCUAUUGGACUUCCGAUCAUCGGAAACUUACACCAGCUUGGAAAAUUGCUUUACAAAUCUUUCCACAAAAUCUCCCAAGAAUAUGGACCGGUGGUACUUCUCCGUUUAGGGGUAGUCCCUGUCAUCGUUGUCUCUUCCAAAGAAGGAGCUGAGGAAGUGCUCAAAACUCAUGAUCUUGAGACUUGUACCCGACCUAAAACGGCAGCGACUGGCUUGUUUACUUACAAUUUUAAAGACAUUGGUUUUGCUCCUUUUGGCGACGACUGGAGAGAGAUGAGGAAAAUCACAACGCUCGAGCUCUUUAGCGUGAAAAAACUUAAAUCUUUCAGGUAUAUUAGAGAGGAAGAGAGCGAAUUGUUGGUCAAGAAAAUAUCAAAAUCUGUUGACGAAACACAAAACUCAUCAGUAGAUUUGAGGAAAGUCCUUUUCUCCUUCACGGCUAGCAUCAUUUGUAGACUUGCUUUUGGACAAAACUUCCACCAAUGCGAUUUUGUUGAUGCUAGCCUGGAAGAGUUAGUGCUUGAAUCAGAGGCCAACCUCGGCACCUUCGCGUUCGCUGACUUCUUCCCUGGAGGGUGGCUCAUAGAUAGGAUCUCGGGUCAACAUUCAAGGGUGAACAAAGCCUUUUACAAACUCACCAAUUUCUAUAAACAUGUAAUCGAUGAUCAUUUGAAGACUGGACAACCUCAAGAUCACUCGGACAUCGUCAGUGUCAUGUUGGAUAUGAUCAAUAAACCCACAAAAGCUGAUUCGUUUAAAGUCACUUAUGACCAUCUUAAAGGAGUCAUGUCAGAUAUUUUUUUGGCUGGAGUGAACGGGGGAGCCAACACAAUGAUAUGGACAUUGACAGAGCUAAGCAGACAUCCGAGAGUGAUGAAAAAACUCCAAGAAGAGAUACGAGCAAUGCUUGGACCCAACAAAGAGAGAAUCACAGAAGAAGAUCUAGAGAAAGUUGAGUACUUGAAAUUGGUGAUGGUGGAAACAUUCAGAUUACACCCACCAGCUCCUCUCUUGCUCCCAAGACUAACUAUGUCCGACAUCAAGAUUCAAGGCUACAACAUUCCCAAGAACACCAUGAUCCAAAUCAACACUUACGCAAUAGGACGGGAUCCCAAAUAUUGGAAACAACCUGGUGAGUUCAUCCCCGAGAGGUUUCUUGAUAGCCCUAUCGAUUAUAAGGGUCAACAUUUUGAGCUAUUACCGUUUGGAGCUGGACGUAGGAUCUGUCCUGGGAUGGCCACCGGGAUCACCAUGGUCGAGCUCGGGCUUCUUAACCUUCUUUACUUCUUCGAUUGGAGUUUGCCCAAUGGAAUGACUAUUGAAGAUAUUGACAUGGAAGAAGACGAAGGGUUCGCUAUCGCCAAGAAAGUCCCUCUUGUUCUCAUACAAACUUCUCAUCGCUGGUGA